AUGGGAGCACGGGCGUUCUCCCAUGACAGUAUUUUUAUCCCUGAUGGGGGAGCAGAAAAUGAGCAGACAGUUCAAGCAAUGUCACAGGACAACAUCCUGGGCAAAGUCAAAACUCUUCAGCGACAGUUGGGCAAGAAUAUCAAGUUUGGGCAGCGGCCAUCGAAUGCCAUUCCCAUGAAGAAGGCGGGCAGUGCGGACGCUAGCUCUGAUGAGGACUUCUUCCUGACCAGUCCCAUGGAAAUUGUGACUCAGCAGGAUAUUGUCCUCUCAGACCCAGAGAACAAAUCCAGUGACAAGCCAAGUUCCUCCAGUCCUCUGAAUCUACCUGAAGCCAGAAGUGAGAUGGAAGAGAAGGUUGCUCCAGUUAAACCGUCUCGGCCAAAAAGGCACCUCUCUCCUGCUGGCACCAUUGAAAGUGUCAACCUCGACGCCAUCCCCCUGGCUAUUGCUCGUCUGGACAACAGUGCUGCCAAGCACAAGCUCUCUGUGAAGCCAAAAAACCAGAGGGUGUCGCGGAAGCACAGAUGGCUUUCCCAGGAUCGUCAGAAUGAGCCAGGCAGCUUUGAGAGGCAGCCUUCUCUGGACCAGAACGGGCAGCCAGGAGAAGACAAGCACAUUUGGCAUGAAGAGGAACCAGAACCUCUGGAUUCCCGCGAAGACAAACGACUCCAGGAAGAGUACUGGCGGGAACUUGAAGCCAAGUGCAAGCGGCAAAAAGCCGAGGCAGCCGAGAAGAGGCGCCUGGAAGAGGAGAGGCGGCAGGCGCUGGAGAGGAGGCUUUGGGAGGAGAGUCUCAGAGAGGAGCUGCUGGAGGAGGAGGAAGGCGAGGAGGAGGAGCUGCAGCUAGAGGCAGGGAAGGCACCUCCAGGGGAAGGGCAGCAGUUGGGUCUGGAGGAGCGGGGAGGUGCAGAGAUGGGGGAAGCCGAUGACCCCGCGAGCCUGGAGGCUGAAAAGCGCAGGCAUGAGCAGGAAGAUGCUGAGAGGCAUGAGGAGGCACUGAGGCAGUGCGAGGCUGAGAGGCAGGAAAAGGAGCUGAGGCAGCGGAAGGCUCAGAGGCAGGAAGAGGAGCUGAGGCAACUUGAGGUCCAGAAGCAGGAGGAGAAACUGAGGCAACUCGAGGCCCAGAGGCAGGAGGAGGAACUGAGGCAGCUUGAGGCCCAGAGGCAGGAGGAGAAACUGAAGCAGCUUGAGCUCCAGAGGCAGGAGGAGGAACUGAGGCAACUCGAGGCCCAGAGGCAGGAGGAGAAACUGAGGCAGCUUGAGGCCCAGAGGCAGAAAGAACAACUGAGGCAGCUCGAGGCCCAGAGGCAAGAGGAGAAACUAAAGCAGCUCGAGGCCGAGAGGCAGCAUGCUCAGGAGGAGGAGGCCAGGGGGAUGCGGCAGGAAGAAGAGGAGGAGGCCAAGUGCACAGAAGAGCUGAAAGGAUGGGCAGUGGAGGCGCCAGGGCUGCAGGUGGACGAAAGCCCAUGGAGUCCAGAAAAAGAGAGCCAGCCUCAGCUAGCGGAGUACACUAAUCAGCAAAGCCCAUUGCAGCGGGACCUUGAGAAGACAGAGGAACAAGAAAACCUCGAAUCCGUGGGACAGAAAGAGACGGCCCAGGAGCAGAAGGAAGAGGCUAAGACGACCAGCGAGCCAGAUGGGCAGAGGGAAGACUUGGGCACGGAGUGCAGUGAUGUAGACGUGGAAGGGAGAGAAGCCACUCAGAUAGGUAGCCCCCUGCCACAAGAGGGGCAGAUGGGCAGAGCGGCGGCCUCAGAAGACAAGAACGAAGCUGUCGCUGCAGAUAAGGACCGAAAUGUGGAGGAGCUCCGGUGGCAGGAGGUGGAAGAGCGGCAGACCAUGCCCCGACCCUACACAUUCCAGGUGUCCUCCGGGGGUAGGCAGAUUCUCUUCCCCAAAGUCAACCUGAGCCCAGUGACACCCGCCAAGGACGCAAGCCUGGCCCCAGUGGCCCAGGAACCGCCUGCGCCCAGUGGUGCCACCCCGCACGCACUGCCCUCGGCGCUCAGCAUCCCACACACGGCCAUUCUGGUCACUGGAGCGCAGCUCUGCGGCCCUGCGGUCAACCUGAGCCAGAUCAAGGACACAGCGUGCAAGUCCCUUCUAGGCCUGUCAGAAGAAAAGCGGCAGGUGGAUGUCUCCACAGUGGAACCCAGGGCCACCAGCGGCAAGGCCAGACCUCCCCCGGAGUCGCCGAGCAAUACCACUGCGCUAGCCGAGUGGGCGUCCAUUCGAUCCAGGAUCCUGAAGAACGCAGAGGGUGACCAGCGUGGUGACAGAGAGCCGGCCAAAACCGGGGACGAGCCCGCUCCCAGAGCGCGGUGCGAUUCCCGAGGGAACAUGCGCAGGACGCAGCCAGUCAAGUUCUCCAUCAUGCCGGCCUGGCAGAAAUUCUCGGACGGAGGCUCAGACACCUCCAAACAGAGCCUUGACGGUGAAAGCAUGAGGAAAAAACCCGGGCCAGCAGCCGGUGAAGAAACAAUGCCUCAGCCUCUACCUGCGGCUCUGGAGCCUCGGAAGAGCCUGGAGAAGCAAGAGGUGAGCCAGGAGCCACCAGACACCACUGACGGAUGCAAAUUUGCCAAAGACCUUCCAUCUUUCCUCGUUCCAGGCCUGCCUUCUCCGCAGAAAGCUGCUUCCCGCACUGGGUCCACGACCACUUUGGACGGCGAGACCACGAGUGAUGUCGGAAAGCCAGACCUUGUGAUCUCAGGAGGCGAGGAAAAGGCCUCGCCCUUCGGAAUAAAGCUGAGAAGGACCAACUACUCCUUGCGCUUCAACUGUGACCAGCAAGCGGAACAGAAGAAGAAAAAGAGGCACAGCAGCAUGGGAGACACUGUGGAUGGUGGCACCCCCGCAACCGGGAGCGACCCUGGAGAGAAAGAGCCUGAAGCUGUGACCCUCAAGCAUGGCACAUCCCAUCCCCAGGAGAAAAAGCCAGCCCUAGCCCCUCGAAGGGACUCUGCCGAAAGCCCUUCUAGCGGUCACUCUGUUGCUGUAGCCCAGUUGGGGCUGCCACAAGGUAGCCAGACCCCAGCUCCAGGGCAGGACAAGGUAGCAAGCAAAACGCCCCCAAUGCAGAAGCCGGCCCUGGCUCCCAAGCCUACCAGCCAGACGCCACCUUCGUCCCCAUUCUCCAAACUGAGCAGACCUCACUUAAUAGAGCUGCUUGCUAGGCGCGCUGGGAAGGUGGAUUCCGAGCCGAGUGGGGCCUGCAAGGAGAGCCAGGAGAGCAGUGAUAACCAGCCACCCUCACCAUCACUGCCAGAGGAGCAGAAGGGACAGAAGAGGGACGAGGAAGAGGUGCCGGAAAAGAAGCCCGCUUCCCCACCUCCAUCAGCCAGUCAGCAAGAGAGACCUUCCUUGACUCCUGAGACAGAGAAGCCCUUGCUCCAGAGCAGGCACUCUGUAGAUGGCUCCAAAUUAACAGAGAAAGGUGAAGCUGCUCAGCCGCUGUGGAUAACGCUGGCGCUGCAAAAGCAAAAGGGGUUUCGUGAGCAGCAGGCAACUCGAGAGGAGAGGAAGCAAGCCCGGGAGGCCAAGCAAGCAGAGAAGCUCUGUAAAGAAACUGUCAGUGUCAGCCCGCAGCCUGGAAGCAGAGUCGGUUCCCUGCAGAAGUCUGCCACUCCGCCCGAAGAGAAGAAGCCUGAAACUGCCGUGUCCAGGCUCCAGCGCAGAGAACAGCUGAAGAAGGCCAACACUCUUCCCACAUCCGUGACAGUGGAGAUCUCAGACUCUGCGCCCCCCAGCACCGCUGGUAAAGGAGGUCACAAGAGGUUCUCCACCCCAGACGCUUGCCCCGUGUCUACAGAACCUGCCUGGCUGGCUUUGGCCAAGAGAAAAGCAAAGGCCUGGAGCGACCUGCCACAAUCAUUAAGUAAACAGUGA